AUGAUCGUUUCUGAAAAAUACGAAUGUGGAGAUAUUAUUGGAGAAGGCUCCUACUCCCAAGUUAGAGCUGCCACUGACCUCUCCAGUGGCAAUAAAAUUGCACUUAAAUUAUUCAAAUCUUCAAAGGAAGAGGCGAAAAAGCAUGUUAAAGAAGCAGAGCUUCUAGAGACUUUAUCUCAUAAGAAUAUUGUCAGAUGCUUUGAAUUUGCACUUGAUGCAGACCUUAAGCAAGAUAAUAGAGUCAAACAAGUCAGCUACAUCGCUACAGAAUUAGCUGAGAAGGGCUGCUUAUUUGACUAUAUCAAGGCAUCUCAAGGGCUAAGCGAGCAGUUAGCCAGGCUCUUCUUUGGCCAAAUUUUGGGAGCAAUUGAAUUUCUUCACUCUUCAGGAAUUAGCCAUAGAGAUAUCAAAUCUGAGAACAUUUUCCUGACUCAAAAAUAUGAAGUGAAAAUGGGUGAUUUCGGGUUUGCUACAAAGGAUAUUACCGAUACCACUUACUGAGGAUCUUCCUGCUACAUGGCUCCUGAGAUUAACAUGAAGAAAAAAUAUAACUGUCAAGCCACAGACAUCUUUUCACUCGGUGUUUUGCUCUUUUUCAUGGUUACUGGGAAAUAUCCAUUUGCAAGAGCCAAUGAAAGUGAUUGAAAAUUUAAAAUUUUGUCUGCUGGAAAAACAUCCUUAUUCUGGCGCACAUCUCUAAGAUCCAAAGAAAGACUUAGCAAACUGUCUCCAGAGUUUAUUGAACUCGUAACCAUGUGUCUUUCCUGAAAUCCAAUAGAGAGACCUUCAGUUUCAGAGAUCAAGUGCCACUCUUGGAUGAAGACUGGAGAAGUAAAGUCAUCCCCAGAAGAUGAAUUUAUUUGCUCUGAAGAGGUUACAUCAGAACUUCAAAAGAUCGAAUCCAACAUCGAAGAUGUAUCUGAUCAGCUUAUCUCUUUUCAUUAAGAGUGUUCUGAUUUCUGACGAAACACCAAUUACGUAAUGCAAGGUUUCUAGUGGCUAAUUUUUGAUAAAUUCUAUUCUCAGUUGGUGCUGAGAAUUUGAGUUUGUUUCCAAAAUUAAGACACGACAAACUCUCCAUUACAAAAUUAACUAUAAGUCCUAUAUAACAGUGGUUGGAGAAAAAUGAGCCAUAUUAGCUCUAUCCAACCUCGUUAUUAGCGACACCAUAAUUUUAAGCUAAAACUAAAAUUCAUUAAC